AUGUCAUCAAAGGGACUCCCACUUUCUUCAUCAAUCUCAACAUACUUUGACGAGGGAUUUGCACUCUCUCUUGAGCCAAAAAUUGAAAAGCUCACAUUUGGAAGUAACUACGCCAUCCAAGGAAUCCCACUGGUCGAAACUAUCGGCUUUGUGAACAAGACUGAUUGCACUUACAAGCUCAACGUCGAAACAGCAGAGUCACCAAAGUACGAACUGACUGUGGACAACAACAAGUUCACUCUCAAAAAGGGUGACCACAUCACUAUUAAAGUCACUUUACUCUUCCAUCAAUAUGCCACUAUGGGUCUGACUGGUCAAGUCCAAUUCCACUUAAAGAAAAAGGCUUUGAUGGGCGGCGAAAUUGUCAGCCGUGCACUUCGAUUCCAGUUAGAAGGUAUAGUCCCGGCCUACAACGACAAGGACUUAGUGAAAGCUUCUGAUGAAGAACAGUUUAGAGUUGGAAUGAUCAAUGGAGUACUUUCUACUGUUAAGAAUGAGAGUGUUGUUGCAUUCAAAUACAACAUAGAAGAUAAAUAUGAAAAAGACGACUAUGAAUUCAUCCAGAAUGUGUAUCGAGAUAUUCACCACCCGGACAUUCUUGGGAUGACUGGCAUUAUUUUGGCAUCAUCGACUAUUCUUCUUGAUGGAGAUACAGUCAGCGACUUACAAACUUUAAUGGAGAAGGAGAAGAUGGGUAUUCCAUUCUUGUUGAGAUGUUGCUCCGACUGUGCGAAUGCACUUAUGUAUCUCAGUUCACACAACAUCAUUCACAGAAAUGUUAAGCCGAGUAAAUUACGUGUGGUCCACCACGACAUCACAAAUGAAGGGAAAUGCACAGUGAAGUUGCACGACUUGACUACUAUCUUCAAAUUGAGGAAGGGCGAAGUGCUCAAGAAAAGUCCAGGAACAUACCAAUAUAUGGCACCCGAAGUCAUGGAAAUGAGAGAACACGGAUUACCUAUUGAUGUGUACUCAUUUGGGAUGACUAUGAUCCAUAUCUUCACUAAUGAAGUACCAUACAAGGACUUGUCCAACGCACAAAUUCAACAAAAGGUGUGUGCAGGAGAAAGGCCAGCCAUCAAUCCAACUCAAUUCCCGAAUGGAAUGCCAGAACUCAUCCAACUCUGCUUGAAAGACGUUCCGACUGAAAGACCCAGUUUCAGCACAAUCGUGGCGAAGCUCAACGAUAUUAUUAAGGACUACUCGCAGUAA